AUGGAACAAGGACAACAAGGACAGCAGAGACGAGCACCUACCAUGGAAGAACAGAUGAUGUUGCUUAUGAAGGCCGGCAUGCAACAGCUCCUACAACAACAACAAAGCAACCAACAGAACGACAAUUUUACCAGACCCAAGCUUCCGGAACCAGACACUUACCAAGGAGAUCGAUCACCAGGUGCUGUUGAAAGUUGGAUUCGCACUGGAAUGACCUUCUGGGCUGUCCACUUUGGAGGAACAUGA